AUGGCCUCCACGACAAUCCACGAUUUCCCCAUAGAGCUGCUCCAGGCAGUUUUCGUCUUCGCCUGCGCCGACGGCGGCGCAACCGGCCAUGCGCUCUCUCUCGUCUCGCGGGCCUUCCACGCCGCCGUCCAGCCCUUCCGCUACUACACCCUCCACCUCGCCGGGCCCGCGCAAAUCACCGCCUUCGCCGCGCAACACGCCGCCGACGGGCCCGCGUACCCCAAGGUCCGCCACCUCUUCCUCGGUGCGCGUCCCCCGUCGGCCCACACCCAGCACGGCGACCUCGAGGCGUGCAGCUCUAACCCCCGAGGUGACCGCGCGCGCGUGGCGCGCACCAUCCGCGCGCUACUCGCACGCCUCGGGCCCGACCUGCGCACCCUCGUCGUCCUCUCGCCCGUGCCCCACGCCGAGCUCUUCGCAGCCUGCCCAGAAUUCACAGAGCUCCGCGAUCUCACCGUCGCGCGCUGCGACGACGACGAGAGCGGGGACGGGGACGGGGACGGGGACGAGGGGGCUGAAGCCGCGCCGGCGUUGCGCGCACGCCUCUUCCCGCGGCUCGCACGCCUGCACCUGGCGACGUGCGGGCGCGAGCUGCCGCUCGCGCGCGGGGCGGGGGCGCCGGAACACCUGCUCAGCUGCUGGACCGCGCUCGCGCCGGACGUGCGCGAGCUGCGCCUCUCGGACGUGCCCGACCGCACGGCCGCCGUCGGGCUCCGUGCCGUUCUCGCGAAAACCCCAGGCGAGUCGGAGGGGACGGCGUUUCCGCACAUGACGCGGCUGUGGCUGCAGCCGUUCGCGCUCUCGGAGGUGGAGUUCUUCAGGGAGAAGGUGACGACGCGGCGGUGGGAGCUGAUCUCGGCGCUGAUCGAGCUGGGAAAGGGGUGCAGGAAGGAGACGAGCGUGCUGCUCCUCCAUCCGGAGAUCGUGCUCGGGACGUCUUGCAGAGACCUGGACGCAGAGCUGUACCCCGCCUGGCGGGCGGGCGUCGUGGGCCAUGAAGGGUACUGGAAGGGAGGCGUGCAGGUUCGCGACAUGCUCACCUUCGCGCGGCGUCGGUAA